GCCACGCAAGUUCCUAGUUUCAAGGCUCAACAGUACUAUUCUUGCUAGUAUUGCUACAGAUAUUAGGAAAUACUUGCUGCUGAUAAUUCGCCGGAACAAAUGGCGAGGUAUCUGCGACCCCCAAACUCCUCUCUCUUUGUUCGGAAUAUCUCAGACGACUCCAGGCCAGAAGAUUUGCGGCGCGAGUUUGGUCGUUACGGGCCUAUUGUAGACGUCUACAUUCCACUUGACUUCUAUACGCGCCGACCAAGAGGAUUUGCUUACAUUCAGUUCGAAGACGUGCGAGAUGCCGAAGACGCCCUCCACAACCUGGACCACAAGUGGGUGUCCGGUCGCCAAAUUGAGAUCCAGUUUGCCCAGGGAGACCGAAAGACUCCCAACCAGAUGAAGUCAAAAGAACGACACUCCCCUCGCAGUUCUUCACGUUACGACGACGAUCGGCGAAGACGCUCGCGCAGUCGCAGCUAUGACCGCCGUCGGUCGCGCAGCCCUUCCUACGAGCGGCGACCGCGUAGAUCCGUCAGUCCCAGAGCUUCACGCUCCUAUGGCCGACACAGACGCAGUGGAAGCCAUGAAAACGACAAGUACAAAGGCAGCCAGCAUGAAUGCCACAGAACCCAGCGUGACCCUGCGACUCGGAACCGCUCGACGUCCCGUUCGCCCUCCCGCGCCAGGCCCAAAAGCGGAAAAAGCCGGUCCCGGUCGCGCAGCCCCGAGGCCCAAGAAGAAAACCAUCCAGCACCCGGCGUCCGCAAUAACUCCUUCACCCGCUCAGUUUCGCGGUCUGUAUCACGCUCGCGAUCGCGCUCCCGUUCUUGGGCGGAGUACAAGUCCGGACACAGCUAAAUAUACUUUUGGAAAAUAUUGUGACUGUAUUUUUGUAGAGUGGCUUGUUAUAUUAGACGACAAUGGCAGUGAAUGGUGAACAUUUUUUAAAGCCUGUAGUUUAUAGUGAUGGGUACCUCAGUGAAGUUGCCCCAACCCCCCCGAAUAGGUGAUGUAUUCAGUGUAUCACAAAAGUGAGUACACCCCUGGCAUUUCUUCAGAUAUUUAAGUAUCUGUUUUCA